AGUUUUUUUCGUAUAAAAGUGCUUAAAUGGUUCUAAACGAUGCGUUUUUCCUUGUUGUGACCAUUAUAUCGGGCGACCUUUUCUUGUUCCACAAUGGGGUUUGUGAAGUAUGUCUUGGCCGUUUUCGUUCUUUCAGGAGCACACUCUGCAAAAGAAUUACCCCCUUUCUUGCACGUGUGCAAAAGAGAUGAUCCACAGCUCACCACGUGUAUGAUGGCCUCCGUAGAAGAUCUACGACCAUAUUUGGUAGAAGGGGUACCUGAAUACAAUAUACCCAGUUUGGAACCUCUGGUGAUGACGGACUUCUUUGCAGACGAAGCAGCCGGUAUGAAAAUCGUGGUUUCAAAUGUAAGCGCUUGGGGCUGCAGCGACUUCUUUGUAAGAGGACUUGAUGUAAACGUGGACACCCUACAAUUUACUGUAGACGUUGAUAUACCGAAACUCCGCAUCGAGGCGCACUACCAUAUAGACGGGAAACUUUUGUUGGUUCCUGUUAAGGGCGAUGGCAAUAUGGAAACAAAUAUAACUGAAGUAAGUGCAAGGGCAGAACUGCAGGGUCAACUUAACGAAAAAGAUGGAGAACAAUAUAUGACUUAUAUUGAUACAAAACUGAAGGUCCACGUGGGAGGAGGUUCGGUACGAAUGGCAAACCUCUUUAAUGGAGACAAGGUUUUACUUGCAAUGAUCAACGACGUGGUCAACAGGAACCUGGACGUUUUCCUCAAAGAACUGAUGCCAGUAAUCGAAAAAGCUCUUGCUUCCGUUUUCCAAAAUACCGGAAAUGUUAUCGUGGGUUCAUUUCCGUUUAGUCAAUUGUUUCCUCAAUAAAUACAUUGUAACUUUAAUGACUCUUAUGUAGCGUACUUAAGUUUAUCGGUUAGUAACGUCGAUUACUGUGAUUAAGUUGAUUUUAUAGCAUUUUGUGGUUGUUUUUCUGAAUUUAUGGCGAUAAUUAAAUUAUAUUCCUUUUAUUAGAUAAA